CUCUCCCACCACAAGUGGGCAAACCCAUCGAACAGAUCGUUCCAGACUCAAACUUCCUCAAAGAAACUGAGAACGUCAAAGCAAAUCUUACAGGCUGCCGAAUGGGGUCGCGAUUUAUUAGCGAAGAUGCUUGUUAUAAAUCCUGACAAUCGAUAUUCCGUAGAACAAUCGUUGAACCAUCCCUAUGUGAAAGAUGAAGAAGUGAAUGCGCCCCAGUCUGAAAAUCGCUAUAACGAAGAAAUUGACUGUGCUGACAGGACGCUUACUGAAUGGAAAGAGCUGAUCUACCAAGAGUGA